AUGCCUCUCGCAAAAGAUUUCCUUCAUCCCUCUCUAGAAGAGAAGAGGAAACACAAGAAAAAGCACCUGGUGCAGAGCCCCAAUUCAUACUUUAUGGAUGUGAAAUGCCCAGGAUGCUAUAAAAUCACCAUGGUUUUCAGCCAUGCACAAAUGGUGGUAUUGUGUGUUGGCUGCUCCACUGUUCUUUGUCAGCCUACGGAAAAGCAAGGCUAACAGAAGGAAUGUUCCUUCAG